AUGCGCUCCGGCUUCCGGGUUUGUGUGGGCCGCGCUACUACGUCAUCGGGCUGCGCGGCGCGGCUGGCUCUGUGGUUGCCGGAAGUUGAGCGGCGACCGGUAAGAACAGUGGCCAUGGGGGACCCUGGACUGUCCAAGCUGCAGUUCGCCCCCUUUAAUAGUGCCCUGGAUGUUGGCUUCUGGCAUGAACUGACCCAGAAGAAGUUGAAUGAGUACCGCCUGGAUGAGACUCCCAAGGACAUCAAAGGCUACUACUACAAUGGUGACUCUGCCGGUCUACCCACACGCUUGACAUUGGAGUUCAGUGCUUUUGACAUGAGUGCCCCCACGCCUGCCCGCUGCUGCCCUGCCCUGGGGACCCUGUACAACACCAACACACUGGAGGCUUUUAAGACUGCAGACAAGAAGCUCCUUCUGGAACAGUCAGCAAACGAGAUCUGGGAAGCCAUAAAGUCAGGCACUGCUCUCGAAAACCCCAUGCUCCUCAACAAGUUUCUGCUCCUGACCUUUGCGGACCUGAAGAAGUACCACUUCUACUAUUGGUUUUGCUGCCCCGCCCUCUGUCUUCCUGAGAGCAUCCCUCUAAUUCAGGGGCCUGUAGGCUUGGAUCAAAGGCUUUCACCAAAACAGGUAUCAGCAAGUAAAACAAAUGCAGGUAAAGUCAGGUUUAACAGUGAGAGCAGGUAUGCAGCUCAAACUAAAGCUGAGCAGAAGGUCUCUAGAUGGAGAAAAGGCACCUGGGGAAGGCUCCAGAUGGUGCGGGAGUUGUGUUUGCCAAGUGCUGACAAGGACAGUGUGAAGAGGAGGAGCCGUGGUCCUCCAGGUGGCCCAUGGAAUUUUGUGAAAUGCUAAGCCCACAGGGAAGAA